UCAUUCGUUCGCAACAUGGCGUUGGAGCGCUGAGAGACACGACGGCUCUGCCCCUGACUAACAGCAGCCGUGUUGUGGGGAGAGGAGCCGGAGGAGCGCGUGGAGCAGAGAGCGCCACAUUCGACUCUUUUUCUCUUUUACGCACCACCGGAGGACACAAUAGCGGAUUCCUGCAUAUGCAUGUCGCUGUAACGGUAUAGCCGCUCGUUGUAUAGACGCACGCUGCUGCCCCGCUGGUGGAAAUCAAAGGCUGUACAUGGCGGUGGAGACUAUUUGGCUGCUCUGUCUUCUUUCGCUGCUUUCUGGUCCAUCCGAGCAAGAAAAGCCUGUUUCCGUGGAGCUGAGCUGUGGGGCUGGGCCCAGCCAUGUAGUGUUGGAACCAGGUUCGCCCCUCUUGCUGGACUGCAAUCUGGGGGCCAGCGAGACACCUUUCAACGUCACCUGGCUCCAGGAUGGCCGGACCCUGCCUCCGGAGGGGGAUCAGCUGCAGUAUUUGGGCAACGGGUCCCUCCUCCUGCUGCCGGCCUCCAAGGACGGCCGGCCUGCCCAGAGGUUGGAGGGGGGCUACAGCUGCGUGAGUGCCAGUGCUGCUGGAGCCCUCACCAGCAGGACGGUGAAUGUACUCUUGGCAGGUCUGUCUAAGUUCCACCAAGAGCCGUCACUCCAGACAGUCCCUGCUGGGGGCGCUGCCCGCUUCGAGUGCCAGAUUGAGGGUGUACCCACACCUGUUAUAACCUGGGAAAAGAACAGAGUGGCUGUCCCUGAGGAGACCAGGUUCAUUUCCCUACCUAACGGGGUGCUCCAGAUCCUUGAGGUGACCAAGGAAGAUGAGGGUGCCUACCGCUGUGUCGCCUCCAACUCUGCCCGGAAGGACAUCAGUCAUGAAGCUCUACUCACUGUCACCACAGGGUCUACUGAAACCCUGAACAGAGUUGUGAUAGUUGCACCACCUCAGAAUGCCACGGUGGUGCUGGGCCGCCCCGCAGUGAUGGAGUGCAUGGCACAAGGCCAGCCGAAGCCUCUGGUGUCCUGGAGCAGACAAGAUGGAAAGCCCAUUUCCACUGAUGUGGUCGUCCUUGCAACAAACCUGGUGAUUAGGGACACGAGACGUCACCAUGCCGGCGUCUAUGUCUGCCGGGCCAACAAGCCUAAGACCAGAGAGUUUGUCAUUGCUGCCGCUGAGCUGCAUGUGCCUGCCCCUCCAGUGAUUCUCCAACCCCCAGAGACAGCGUCCCUGUCCCGGGGGAACACAGCCCGGUUUGUGUGCAACAGCUCAGGGGAGCCUCCCCCUGUGUUGCACUGGCUGAAGAAUGGCAAACCCAUCAAGCCAUUCAGACAAGUGAAGACCCAAAGCCCUGGAGUCCUGCUCAUCAACCAGCUGGCACCGGAUGAUUCAGGCUACUACCAGUGCAUAGCAGACAACGGGCUGGGCACAGCCUGUGCCACUGCCAAGCUCACUGUCAUCGUGAGGGAGGGUCUGCCUAGCCCUCCACGUCACCUGUCUGCCACACCCUACUCCAGCACGUCUGCCCUGCUCACCUGGGAGAAACCGGAGUACAACUCGGACCAAAUCAUAGGCUACUCUGUGCACUGCCAACGUGCCGCAGGCUCAGAUAAUGUGGAGUACCAGUUUGCGAUGAACAAUGACACCCAAGAGUAUCACGUCAAAGAGCUCCUCCCGCAUACUGCCUACAGAUUCUUUGUGGUGGCCUACUCUCCCAUGGGGGCCAGUUCACGAUCCCUGCCUAUAACUGUAGAGAUGCUGGAGGAUGUGCCGAGUGCACCCCCCCAGCUGUCCAUAGCCAGCACCUCCCCUACAGACAUCAGGCUGAUGUGGCACCCACUGUCCUCACAGUACAGUCGGGGAGCCGUCACCCGCUACCGCAUCGAGUACAGCUCUCUGGAUCAUGUGGAAACAGUAUUCUCAGUGGAGGUGGGGGGUAAUGAGACUCAGUUUACGCUGAGAGAGCUGCAGCCCAACCAGGCGUACCAGCUGAGGAUUGCAGCUGGAACAGGUGUCGGCUUCGGGGUCCCAUCAGAGUGGGCCCAACACCAGACCUUAGCUCACUACAACCACAGUGACCACAGCAUGGUGAUCUUUGCUCCCACUGAGCUGAAAAUCCGAGCCAGAGUGAACACGCUCAAUGUGACAUGGCAUCCCUCACCCAAUCACACCCUGGUGUCUGGCUACAAGCUGUCCUGCCGAGAGGUCGAGACUGAGGAGUCAGCCACUGGUGAGAAGAGGACGACACAAACCCACACCAUCAGGCUCCGAAAGAAGGCGAGGUAUCAUCUGCUCACUGGACUGGCCCCUGACCGGCAGUAUGAGGUGAGGCUCUGGGCAUUCAACAAGCACAUCGAUGGAGCAGCUGCGAUGUGGAAGGGAAGAACAGAAAAGGCCAAUGACAGAACAUCGUCGCCACCUAUGCGCCCCCCUCCAAUGCCCCCAAGCAUCAUCCAGGCCAAAGCCAACAGCUCCACCUCCAUCUGGAUGCGCUGGGAGAAACCUCGUUUCAGCAAUGUACGAAUCAUCAACUACACAGUGAGGUGCAGCCCAGCGGGAACCACCAACGCCUCCCUGGUCUCCUAUCACACCAGUUCUGCUCAGGAGAUGCUGCUCGGGGCCCUAAAGCCCUUCACCCGUUAUGAGCUGGCGGUGCAGUCUAAUGCAGCGGACGUGGUGGGACCCUUCAGCAGCACGGUUGAAGAGUCCACCUUGUCAGACCGGCCCUCCACAGCUCCAGAGGAGCUGCAGCUGAGUGCUCUGGACUCCUCCUCUGUACUGGUGAGCUGGCGCCCUCCACUGGAGCCUAAUGGUGUCAUCAUCAACUACGUGAUCUUGUACAGUGGCAACCUCAGCCAUCCUGAGCACUUGUGGAACAAUCUCUCUCAGGACGGGAGCAUUACCAGCAUGGAGGUCCAGGGUUUGUCCAGUGGCACCCACUACUUUUUUAAGCUGGGAGCCUCUACUGUGGUGGGGUCAGGGCCUUAUUCGCCUGUAAAGGAUGUUCACACUGCCCUUCAGAAAUAUGAGCUGGACAUCCACGCGGUGACAGGCAUCAUCGUAGGCGUGUGUCUGGGACUGAUAUGCAUCCUCCUCUGCAUGUGCUUCAGCUUUCGUAACGGCAAAUCCAGGGCGAUAUCUGGGGGGGUGGACUCCACGGCUGUGUCCCCUCAGUACAGGAGAGGAGGCUUCCCCAUACCCUCCAACUUGCCAGAGUGCAGCGAUAGCCACGAGCUGGAAACACUGAUGCCCCCAGGCAGCCAAGAGUCUGGUCAGCCGCUUGCAGAGGCCCCAGAGGAGCAGAGCCUGAUGGCAAGUGCUAAUCCAGUGGAAGGGGAGGAUGCCCCUGCACCUGAGCCCAAGGCGGCUUGGAACGGCUCUGUGAGUCAUAACUGGGCCAACAGGAUCACUAGAUACAGAGACACCAUAGCAGAGGACUGUCCAGCACUCGUUAAUGGAGCUGUCAAGAUGCUGAUUACUGAUAACGGCACGGGCUCAGACGGUCAUCUGUGCAGUAACCAGGUCGAGGCAAGGGUGAUUGUUCACUCAGAGCUGUCAGAUCCCGGGAGGGAGAGAGAGGAGGAGGGCAGCGAGAGGGAGGGGGACUCGAACACCACCAGGGGACCCUCAUUAUCAGAGGACAGACAUUACCCUUUGAGCCAGCCAAGUCUGCCAGGAGAGGAGGUACCUCUAGACAAGCUAUCGCUGGCCCAACGACCCUCGAGUUUUCCCUCAAUCAAGUUGGUGGGUAAUCACAACGGGGAUCUGGAAGCCACAGGAGACCAUCCGAUUGUGAACGUGCAGCCCCAGCAGGACACGGGGCUGACCAAUGGCUUCCACUCCCCGAAGACUGUGAGGCCUGUGCUGAGGUCAGAGCAUUUGGAGAACGGCGACUCCAGACACCGCCCUCCUGCACCGGGGAAGGUCAUCUCUGUCGGGCUGUCCCCUUCCCCCUUUGUCAGCUCCGGCCUUGUACACUCUACCUCAGCAGCACACAGUUAUCUGUGCCCGUAGCGCUCGCAUAGGGGGCAUCGGCCCCUCCUCAAACAGAGACAUCAGACUGAUUUCCUUUCAAAAGUACAAAUGUACCCAGCAAGAUUCUUGAAGGAUUCUUUUUAUGCACCUCAUUAUUGGAUUUCUUUCUCUUCCCUGCAAAGUUUUAUAAGUCCUCUGAAUCCAUUGUUUCAUACGUGUGUAUUCAGUAUACAUAUACAGUAUAUUUUUGGGGGUAGAGUACUGUAUAUAUGCUUUCUCUAGCAUUGCAACCGUGCUGUCCUCUGGGUUUCGUUUUCUGUCCAUAGGAGAGAAAAAUAAAUAUUUAACCAGCCAGAUGGGAGUGGAAUGAAAGAGGCUAUUCCCACUGUGUCACAUAUGGCUCUGUUCCACUCAGGAAUGAGAAAAGGCCUGGAACGUUCCCUGAGCGAGCGAGCGAGCACUUGAACAGGCUGUAAUCGUGGACGGGAGGAUGACAAGUGGAGGCUUGUGGGUCUCCCUGGGUCUCGUCACGUGGAUGCUACUCUACUGUGGCACUGAGGAAUAAGCCUUAAAGAGUAUAUAUCCACACACACAGAGUGCAGAACACCUGUGUCUGUCUCCAGCCUCCUGCUGUCUCAGGGUCCACACACACAAAUACACAGAAACACACACAAAGCUAAAAAGCAUGGCUGGCUGUGCGGUAUUUCACAGAAACUCAGUUGGUCACAUACAUUUACACACACAUAUCCUGACUGGAGUGUGGGGGUCUCAGGUGCCUACAUAUUGUUGGUGCGUUUGUAGUCUCUGUAUAUUUAUAUAGAUUAUUGUAUUCAGAACAAGUUGAAAUUCACGUCAUCCCUAAGGAAGAUAACAAACAACAAAAUAUUAAAAGAUAUUGGGUAUACAGAUUUGGUACACAUUAAGUUUUCCAGGCCAAAACUCUAUGUAUCAAGGUGUUGUGAAUUUGUAAACCAGGGACCCUCAGUUGAAAAGUGAAGUGAUGUUUUUGUCUUAAAGAUGGUGGAUAUCUCAUUCUGGAAUCAGUAGUAUUUACAUGUUCAUGUUGACACGUUGGUCACCAUGUUGGUUUUAGUACGGUGGUGGGAGAAUGUAACAACAACCAAUCUACAGACCGCACUACUGGUUUGGAUCCCAGUUAGGGGUGCACCACUGUCCACAUUGUUGUUAAGGUAAUGUGCCAUUAAUGCCAGUUGUCUUUUUCAGCUCGGUAUAAGAAUUGAAUGUAUUUUUCAAAGGAAAUCCAAUGUGUUUUUUAAAGGUUUCGAAGGGAAUCUUGAUUUUACUGACCUGAUUCAGGUGUAUGGAAAAUUUCCACAAUGCUUUAGUCUCCCCACAUAUAAAAAAAAAAAGAGUUUGAUCAGGAAACAAAGUCAAUUUGCCAUUUUUUUGUUUAACUUUGACCCCAUACUUUAGGACUCUUUAAUACGUAUUGGAUCAAUAUAUUCAAUUGAAGAUGUAUGCGUUUUGGUUUAAAAGGGGGAACUGGUGCAUCCCUACUCCUUAUCAACAGCACUACCUCAUUUCUUUUCAGGAUGCUUUCCAGUGUGGUUUUAUUAGUGUUGAUGUAAUUAGCACCUUUUAAGAUCUUAAUUUUUCUGAUUUGUCAGCUUUUCCUCCUUGCAGAAAUACUCGUCUAUACACUGACUGUAAUGUUCUCGUGUUACGUUCAGCAGGAUAUCAUGUCGCUUUGUGCAUCACAUCCUGUCAUCAGAUUGAAAGAUUGUCUCACUCAGUAUUAAGGUCAAACCCAUUCAGAGAACAGGCAAAUCCUGUGAAACUUGUUGGAGCCGAUUUCAUCAAGUUGCAUUUGCUGUAACACUGACACCAAGAACAGACAAGGAAAUAAAAAGCUGCUGCCAUUUGACACAUGUGCCACUUGUACCCCCUGAUGGAGUAAUGGAUGUUUUAUGGAAUAUAUACAUAAAAUGCACAACAACAAAGAAAAGAGCAACAACAAAGAAUAAAAUGUCUGCUCGCAGCAGCAUUUAAUCCUUUUGGUGGCAAAGCAGUAAAAUCCAUCCCAAAAUGUUCUUGACAGAGUUCAUCUCGGGUGAACUUUUACACAGAUGACUGAUGGAUAGCUUUCUCGGCAGUGUGGGCCUGUCAGGACAGAGAGGAAGCUAUAAUCACUUAUUAGCUGUUUCGCCCCAUUAACUUUUAUUUGACCUCCUCUGUCAAGAGUAAAAAGCAGAGCAGUGGUUUGAUGACAGCUAUAAAACUGGAGUUUAUGGUCUAAAUAUGUCUUUUGAAUAAACUGGGUGACCUCAUUGUCUCCUUAGCAACACAAGGAGCAAUGUAUUGUGCAAUAUUAAACAAAAAGAUAGAGAGAGAAGCUGAGGGAACAUUUGAAUGGCCAAUCAGCUCGCACCAAUAAACAGUUAGCUUAAACGAGGACAGAAAAAAAACAAAUACAACAAGUCACUUAUGUAUAAUAAAUAUUAAACUAGAUUAAAUUGAUGAAAGUGGAAAAAAUAAUAUGGAUCCACCUAUUUAUCAAAACAAAAUCCUGUAAAUUCUUUCACUCGUUUCUGUGUAAUCCUGCUAACUAACAUAUAAACAAACACUGAUGAAAAAAACAGGACUUCAGUGGCCGAGGUAAAAAUCCUGCAGUUAACACCUGAGCCUGUCACCUGUAGGGGCAUCAGACACCCCACUAGAUUAAGUGUGUCAAGUGCAUUUAAAGCAUCUGCCUUAUUGCACAAUUUAAACCUGCCGAGUGGCCUGGAGAGUUUAGAGCGUUAAGGAGGCCUACAGGGAUUUGUGCUACUCUGGAAUGUAAUGGUUUUUAGUCUUCUGUGAGAAGGGAGGAAAUUGAAAAGGCUGUUAGUUGGGUGUGAUGGGUGCUUUAGAACCUAUUGAUUUCUGCUAGGGUUUGGAGAUCACGUCCACUAGCUCUGGAUGCAGUAUGCUCAACUUUGUCCAGCUGUUUGCUGUCCUCGGCUGUCAUGUUGCCAAACCACUCAGUUAUUUUUUGAGUUAGGAUUCCCUCCAUUGCUGCUCUAUAAAACUGCAGCCUGCCAUUUUUGGAUAUGCCACAUUUUUUUAUAGAUGUCUUAAAAAGAAUUGUCCAGAGUCCAUGGACUCUUGCCAGAUCACUAUUUGACUCCUUCACUGUCCAGUCAGUUGAAACAUGUCUCAGAAUAUCCAUCACUCAGGGAGGGGCCGUCCUAUCCUGCAGGGUUCAUGGCUUACAGGCUCUGACAAUACUUUGGAAUGAGAAAAAUAUCAUGCAGGUCCGAUUCCCCAAAGGGAGCUUUCCCUACAGUAUGAAACACCCAUGAAAUAACACAAAAACACUGUUCAAGUAUUUUCACCCCUGGUAGCUUAAAAUUUGCUGUCUAUACCCAAUGCUAAAAUGAAAUCUUGCAAUUCCAAAACUAAAUAGCUGUCUUAAAUUUCCAUAGCAUAGACAGAAAGCUGCUAAGAAUCAGCUGUAGACCUGACUUUAGGAAUGAUCUCUACUACCACCAGUAUGGGAGAUUCAAAAAAGAAAGCAAAUCACAGACAGAAUAUGACUUCAUAUAUGCAGUGUCCCCGGGGUCUUUGUGGACCAGCUCUUCUUUCUUGUUUUUCCUGCAGAUUGUGUGAGUCCAACUAUUUCAAAAACAUCAAAGUGAGAUUAAAGGCAAAAAUAUUGCAACUAUCCUAUUUGAUCUAACAGUUCUGACUGUCCAUGCUUGGAUAAGGAAAGCAAACACAGCAUGAGAUACACCAUGUCAUCAUCUUCCUACAUCGGUUCAACAAGUAGCCAUGCAAGAAUUCACUGUUGCUGCCUUCACAUGGGGUUGUGUUUACUGUUUCCACCAGAGGAGUCCACAUGAACACCCCCGUGUGUGGCAAAUCACGACUUUGGACGAUGGAAGGUCAUUGGAAUAAUUGAAUAUAUUACAAUUUUUGUCGUGCAGAGAGAUUUCCUCAUACAUCCGAGGAAAAUUGUGAUAUUCCCAAAUAUAUUAUCCUGUGCGUUUAAUGCAUUAAGUUGAAUGAAUAAUAUCAUAGCCUCUGUGGCUUCUAAACACCAACAGUGCUGUUAACAUUAGCAUCCAGGAAUCCGUUACCUCGGAUCGCUGUUCUCACGACUUAACACUUUUACGUCAAGCACAUUUCCAACUUUGCAACCACAAGCUCACAAGUUCCAUUUGAAGGCAGCGUAUGUCACGAGCCUAUCUCAAGUCAACAAGCAAACAACUCUUUUGACCUGCAGGUGGCACAUGUGUUAAAAUUACAGCAGCUUCAACACUAAAACUGGCAGUUAGUAACAAGCUGUUUCACAUCAAAGACUAUUUUAAGGAUGCUAGCUCUAUUAACUAGUUUCACUUAUGAUGGAAAGCAAAGUGUUACUCUUAUGAGUGUAUAUACACACAACUUAUUAGAGUAUGGAUUCAAGCCCUGUUGUAUAUGAUGUCUCAUCUCUCAGGUGGUUCUCUUCUAGUCAUCUAUCAGUGCAAAGGACAGGACAAACCCCCUUUCCAUCCUGCCUAUAUUUUCUACCCAUGUCCAUGCAACUGUCAAAAAUCUCACCAGCUUAACUCAACCAAUCAGCAAACAGGAAUGUAAACUCUUCCUCGUCACAUGUAUCACAUGUCAAGGUCUUCGUGACUGUGUUUGCUUUGCAGCCUUUAUUGUUCUUGGUCUACUAAACAAACAUGAUCAUUAUCAUCAUCAUGAUCAUCAUCAGAGGCUUGUACUUCCUGAGUCCAGAAGGAAGCAUAAUAUUCUCAAAAACAUUCCAGUUUGAUAUCUUAAACAUACCUCUCUCUCAGUCCAGGUGGGUCAGCCUUGAUUAGCCAUGCUACCUUAAGAGACUAAACCUGUUAAAAAAAGCCUGGACUGUGUUCCUGCUGCUCAGGAACACGGUUCAGCUCCUCCGUUCACAUCUAGAUCAGCAGAUAGGUGAGUCAAAACUUCAGUGUUUGCUCUCAAGUGAGUAAAACUAUAACAAUCACUGAAGAGGGCAGUUGAGGCAAUGCUCUAGAGGCUUUUCACACAGUAUUGUCAUUUGUGAAGUCUCACAUCCAAGAUUGUAAAAUUAUUAUUACAAAUUAUUGCUAAUAAUAAAUACUACAUAGAGCUUUUAGAUUUGAUUUUGUAUGUAUUUUGUUAUUUUUAAACAACCAAAAGCAAACAUUGCUUUGCACAUAGCAGCUGUUUUUAUUUUUCCACCAUGGAAGAUUUGGUGCAUACAGACCACAGCCAGUUGGCACUUCAGAAGAUUUAGACAGUACAUAUAUUCUCUAUACCAGUGCACACAUUUGCUCUAAUGGACGUCCAACACAUUUGGAAAUUGGUUGAUUUGUGCCAGCGAGUUGCAGUUCUUGGUUGUAACAAAAGCAAUAUUACAUCUGUGAUGCAGGUUUAUAGAUACAAUUAUCUAAUAUUACAUAUUCUGUUAAAAUUUGUAGAAUACAAAAUUUUAAAUGAAGGAUUUCUUGCAGUUGUCCCACAGAUUGAUUUGAAUCGUGUCGUUUUGCCUGUGUUAUCAGUCCUGAUGCAGUAGUGGGUUAUUAUGGUGGGCGAAGCUGAGAGGAGAGUUCUCAUAAAGCCUGCCUCCAGCACAGAGGAUGUACGCUCUCCUUAUAGGAGCUCUUUAAACUCUUGAAACCACUGUCUCUUUAAUACCUUUUUCCUUUUUAUUUUUCUCAUGCUUUUAUUUCACAGAGAUGAUGAUUACUUCAAUUGUUAUGUUUAUUUCAUCCUCUUUUGUAAGGGUUUGAUUAAAACAUUAUACCUCAUGCUGAUAAAUUGAUUUGAUUCUGUUAAUAAUGAGUAGGUACAUAGUUCAGUUUUUUUUUGCCGAGUGUUUUCAUAGAAAACAGGAUAGGGCGUCUUGUUUUACCUCAGUGUGAGUCUCUACUCAUUACAGUGGCCUGGAUCAAGUGGUGAAGUUGUAAAACAAAUGAGGGUUUGAGGAGGGGUCAAUGGAAGUCAUCAAAACUGACCUUUACAUUGUUAUUCUGGUUUGAAUAAAUUGGAUCUUGUGUUUUAAAUAAAACUCGGAAGGAAAGAAACAGGAAUACCUCUGGGUAACAGGCUAAGGGUCCAUUUUACAACUUUAACACAACCCAAGUGACUGAGGGACGAAGCAGGGAGAAGGGCUGAGGGGACAUCCUCGCCAAGCAGAUCAUACCUCUCAAUGCAGCCAUUUAGAAAUAAUUGUCUCUCAACUCAGGUGCCCCAUCUUUGUAGAGUAUCAUGUCAGCAUAUCUGACUUAGAUACAUGUCAUUUGUCAUUAAACAACAUUUAAAAGCAAAUCAAGUAAACUCUUAUGCACAGAUGAUAUUUUUGUUAUGUACAAAUCGCUCAAUGUAUUUUCUGUCUCUCUGGCUCUUCUCUGUACAUUCUGGUGCUUUGUGGUGAGCUGCUUUGUCCGGUGAUGUCCCGCUGUCGUGCUUUUUUUGUACGUCUCUUUUCCUCUGGUCAUGUGUGUUACCAGCUCAGCUGUGCUUCUCAGAAUGUGUACGCACAGACUCAUAGGACUCUGCAGUCGUGUGCCACCAGCAGGCGCUCUGCAGCUCCUCAGAUACCAUUGUAAUCAAUGUUGUGUGCCAAACAACACCUCAAUCAUGACACAACUGUAGGAACAAGUAAUAGAAUAGCACUUCUUCUUGGGCCGUGAGCGACCGUGGGCUGUCAUCUUUACAUUUAUAGAAGUGCAAUUUUCUUAGUCUGUAAAGCGACAGAUAGAGUACUCAGUGUUAGUCAAUGCGGCUGUGGUGAUGAUUCACGAUAUAACAUUGCUUGGUCAUGGUACAGGUAGAACUUGUGGUUUGUAGAAAUAUUUCCACUGUGUUGAAAAUGUCAAAACUCUCAAAGCGACUCUCAAGAUGUCUGUGGAAACUACUCUUCUGUAAAUAAACAUCGAAGAAAAGCAA